AUGGUAAUUAGGAUAGAAAGGGGAAAUUUAAAUGGGCUGAUGGAGCUGAAUAUGAUGGAUUGGAAAAAAGAUGAUAAAAGAAUUGGAAAGGGUAGUAUGAAAUCGGCUGAUGGAAAUGUAUAUGAAGCAGAAUGGAAGGAUAGUAAUAGGCAUGGAAAGGGGAUAUAUAAGUGGGGUUGUGAAAACGUAUCGAAGGAGAUUUUUAAGUGA